UGUGUUUUGACAUGAAACAAGCGUGGGUCUUAGCGAAAGCAUACCUCUACGCAGUACAUUUGUAUUUGUUGAGCUCUACCCUGAUAGGCCCACGCCAUGAGAUAACAGCACUUGGCCACGUGUGUUAAGAUUAUGAUUGUCCUGUGGCGUCCUUCCAUCAAUUAAAGGGAUUGCUCCCCUGCUGUAUCAAGGGAAUUCUAGACAUAAGCAACAGACGCCUCGAUCUCCUUGCACAUAUUACUUCAGCUCUCUCCUUGUUCUGUUUGCAAGUCGCUCUUUGGAGUCAAUUGUCCAUUCUCACUCAAAAUCGUUCCUUCAGCCAAGCACUCUUAAAGUCACUCUUUUACCGACCGUCAUGACGACUCCAGCAAGCGAUGGCCAUGUCUCUCUGAUUGAUCAGAAUGAUUUCAAUGACUGGGUCGACCGGUUCAACCUCGCGUUCACGGACUCGAGCACCGUCACUGAACCAGCAGCACCUGAUGCCCACCCGUGGGCCGAGUCCUUUUUCGGGUGUUUCAUGCCGGUUGAUACAUGUCUGGUUACAUGCUGUAUGCCAUGCAUCACGUUCGGCAAGACGCACCACCGUGUACACAAGGAUAGAAACAUGAAGUCCUACUACUGCGUGAAUGCUUCUUGCUUGAUGUUCACCGGCUUCUCGUGCCUCGGUCUGCACUUCAUUCCAACCUUCUUCCAGCGUGUCGACAUUCGCAGGAGAUACAACCUACAUGGGGACUGUCUGAGCGACCUCUUUACCUCUUGCUGCUGUGUGUGCUGCUCGAUCAUCCAGCAAGACAAGGAGGCAGAGGUACGCGAGAAGGAGCUCGCGACUCGAGUUGACGCCAAGGGUUAUGCCGAACCUCAAGGCAUGGCAUAUAUGCUUCAAAGAUGAGAAGGGAAAUUGUUGCUCGGUCCUGGAUGAGCAGAUGGUCUGACUUACGAUUGUGUCGAGAUGAUGCUGUCAGGUUGUCCAGUCUAAGCAAUAGAUGCUGUAAUUAGCCAAAGCUUCCUUGGAGAUACAGAUAUAGCUAGGGGCACUGUAAUACGCAUUCAUCUUCUGAAGAGCGGGUAAAUCGGGCAUGCGUUGCAGGCAGCUUUGUAGGCAGAACGAAAAAAGGAAUUCAGGCUGCUAUACUCGUAGUUUAUGUUACAUUCCUGAUUGUCACCAAUAGUCUCGUACCGAAUUUAGGAUUGGUGAUU